AACCAAAUAAUCAGAAAAUCUGAUGCCUACCGAAAUGAAAGCAAUUUCACUUAUAUUUUUUGUAUUUUCCGCAUUUUUACCCUUUAUAAAAUGCGGAGCUUCUGACAACAUCGAAGCAUUGCUAGAGGCUAUUUUUGUACAAAACCAAAGACUGGAGUCAAAGGUUGAAAGAAUAGAAGAGGAUUUGCGUAAGGAAAGAGGGGGAAACCAAGAGCUCCGGGACAAGGUUGAACAUCUUGAGGUCAAACUGACUGCAAAUGCUGCUCAAAGUGUUGAAGCAAGACGUCAACUAAAUGACCCAACAGUUGCUUUUACGGCAGUCAUCUCACCCAGUGAUGUGAAAAAUCUUCAGCCCGGACAGACGCUCAUCUUUGACAGGACCAUAACCAAUAUGGGAAAUGCAUACGACAUAAGCACGGGAAUAUUUACUGCUCCAAUCCGCGGCGUCUAUGUCCUUCAUAUGGAUAUCAUGAUAGAGCCGGGCAACAACGAGUACCUGCAAUUUGUCAAGGAUGGUGCCCACAUACUGUUUAACUAUAUCCAUGCAAAUGGUGGACGUGAUGACGUUUCUAGCAGUAGAACCGUUGUGACAGAACUUGAACAUGGGAGCCAGGUGUGGAUAAGAACUGCCCAGAGUGCAAGUCAUGGCACAGGGACAAUACAUGGCAAUGAAUUUUCAACCUUUUCCGGAUGGCUUCUGACAAUAACAGAAUAAAUUGAUUUUCAGACCACAGCUGUUUAUUUAUUUAUUUUUCAAUUACUAGUGAGCAACUCUGAAUAAA